AUGAGCAAAAACGAUAUUGUCGUUGCUGGUGGCAUUGGUGCUGGAUCGAACAGGACGCAAUUCAACGACUCAUUUGGCAUUUAUUUCGGCUUAGUAAACGAUAGUCUUGUUAUUACCAAUCGAUUUGCUAAUGAUAUCAUUCGGUGGAUCAUCGUUGACACUACCUGGACACUUCUAGCUGGCGAUGGUAACGGGCUAAGUGGCCUGUCUUUGAUAUUACUGAAUAGUCCUUGCAGUGUGACAUUCGAUCUCUUAGGAAAUAUGAUUGUUGCAGGUAUCUACAAUUAUCGUAUACAAAUUUUCAAAUGA